AUGGCCCGUCCUCCCUGCACGGAGAAGGUGCUCCUCAAGAUCCUGGAGGCAGAGGCAUUCCAGAACCGCAUGCGUGGCCAGCGCUUCCCUUCCCAGCCCCCGGAGAGGCAGCCUCCAUCUCUGGGGCAGCUGCCGGGUUUUUCCAGAGCCGCGGGGUCGGGGCCGCAGCCCCGACUUCCGGUCCCAGAGAGUGAAUCCUCGUCUUCUCGCCGCAGGUCGUCCACCCGGCCGGAGGUGGCCAGCAUCGAGCCGCUGGGCCCAGGAGAGCAGCAGUGCUCCCGGAAGGCGGUGGUGCAGGCCCGCCUGUCCCAGCCCGCGCGCCUGACCAGCAUCGUCUUCGCAGAGGACAUCACCACCGGCCAGGUCCUGCGCUGUGACGCCAUUGUGGACCUCAUCCACGGCAUCCAGAUCGUCUCCACCACCCGCGAGCUCUACCUGGAGGACUCGCCACUGGAGCUGAAGAUCCAGGCCCUGGACUCUGAAGGAAACACGUUCAGCACCCUGGCCGGGCUGGUGUUUGACUGGACAAUCGUGAAGGACCCAGAGGCUGACGGGUACUCGGACUCGCACAACGCGCUGCGCAUCCUGACUUUCCUGGAGUCUACCUACAUACCCCCCUCCUACAUCUCAGAGAUGGAGAAGGCGGCCAAGCAGGGGGACACCAUCCUGGUGUCCGGGAUGAAGACCGGGAGCUCCAAGCUGAAGGCGCGGAUCCAGGAGGCCGUGUACAAGAACGUACGCGCCGCAGAGGUCAGGCUGCUGAUUUUGGAGAACAUCCUUCUGAACCCAGCUUACGACGUCUACCUCCUGGUGGGGACAUCCAUCCGCUACAGGGUGCAGAAGAUCAGGCAAGGGAAGAUCACAGGGUUCACAGUCCACCCUGGUGACCGGUGGGUGCUCGAGACUGGCCGCCUGUAUGAAAUUGCCGUCGAGGUGCUUGACAGAACCGGCAACAAGGUCUACCUGUCAGAUAACAUCCGCAUCGAAACUGUGCUUCCUCCGGAGUUCUUUGAGGUGCUGACUUCUUCCCAGAACGGGUCAUACCAUCAUGUCAGGGCAGUCAAGAGGGGCCAGACGGCCAUCGAGGCGGCCCUCACCUCUGUGGUGGACCAGGAUGGAGGGGUCCACAUGUUACGAGUGCCUGUGUGGAACCAGCAGGAGGUUGAAAUUCACAUUCCCAUCACCCUCUAUCCCAGCAUCUUGACGUUCCCGUGGCAACCAAAGACGGGCGCCUAUCAGUACACAAUCAAGGUAGCCGGGGGACCCCCAUCUGGGCUCAUUCCUUCGGUGUUUCUGUGGGGCUGGGGCUUUUCAUUCAUUCUGUCUCUGUUCGUAUUACCUUCCGUGGUGGGGAGAGAAUUCAGAAUCAGUUUUUAUGCUCUCUGUAUUUUCCGAGGUGUCUGUCUCAGCGCUGUGUCUUGGUGAUUAGGGACACACCCUGAGGAGCAAAAGCACGAUAAGGAAAGG